CAUUUUAAAACAACACAACAACACCGUCAGCGCGGAAACCCAAACACUAGAAAGCAACUGUCAACAAUGUGUUACACACCUUGUGGGUGUUUAUUAGAAUUUGUGCCAUAUAUUUUGCUGGUUACAGUGCCGUUCCUAGGAUCAUUUAGCGGGACCGAACUUGUUUUGCGACUGUCAUUGUUGCUACUUGGAUUUAUAAUUUCUGGAGAGCUUAUAUCAAAGCACUUGUACAACGUAUUGCCACACCUAAAGCUAUGUGUCCUGUCAAUAGUGCUUGUUUACCUGCCUAUGAGUUUCAUCCCAUACGCCGUGGUGUGGCUGUACAGUUGGUUGCUAUGGUUACUGGAGCCGGUGUUGCUGACAGCAGAGAUGGUUUUGGCGCUCAACUGUGUGAUGCACCUCAGUCAUGGCUGUGUGGAGAAGAUUGAAGAAGAUGAAGACCAGGCUUGGAAAUGGAAGCUGCUGUUGAGUGUGUUUUCUGCUGGCUGCUAUGCCUUGGUGGCAGUCAUAGUGUCUGUUGUCUACACAGAGGGAACAGACCUGCAGUUCUGGAUGGUGGCAUUGGUCUUGAGUUUCAGCGUCCUUCUGGCGGCACACAACAUGAUGUGGAUGUCACACCAAGGUAUAGUGAGUGAUGUGGCGUUUGUCACCCUUAGCUCUCUCGGUGUUCUCUAUAUCAUGAAGGAGGAGAUCAACAUGGUUAAGUCUCCCCUACAGACGCCCUCAUCCUGGUACAGAUACCAAUCCAAAGGGUCCAUGUGGCAAGAGGCAUACAAAGUGAUCAACAUGUCCAUUGACACCGCCCAGGUGGCCAUGUUAUACAUACAGCGGUUCCUGCGCCCCCUCGUGAUCACAAUGUUGUGUGUCCGUCUGUACAGCAUCAUAUUCAUUGUCCACAGAGCCAUUAGAAACAUGGACCUGGAGAAUGACGACCUUGACCUUGAGGACAUGGAGACCGGUGCCGCACCUUGGCGCUCCCCAACCCUUAUGAAGUGUGCCAUUGUCGUCUUGGUAACCCAGUACACUGUCCGUCUGUUUGAGCGCUCGAGUUCACGACACAUGCCCUUCACGUGGCUUGACACGGUGCUACCAGAUGACGUUAUUUUAGGUCGUGUGCUGCAGGUGUUGCUAGGCAAUUGUUUUUAUAUCUGGAGACUGUACCGCGCGGAGGACUGGCAGUGGAGCCAUUGGCUGUCCCCCGGGGAUUGAGGAUUCUUAUGAGCCUCGUUCUGGGAAAUCUUGGCUUAAUGUGUAGGCACUAAGUGUUGUCCCAGAUAAGUCUGUGCAGUCUGCAAAGGCUAAUCGAGACAACACUUUCCGCAUACACUGGAUUUUUUCGCUUAGAAGACCUAUUUUAAAUAAAAAUACCAUACAAGCAGAAAAAUGUCAUCCCCGAUUAGGAUAAUACUUUAACCCUAUUCAGCCCAUUUUUACUAGAAUGAAGCUCUUUUACUCGUUACGUUAAUUGAUAUCUCAUACAAUGUGAUUAACCACCAUCAGUGUUCAGGUCAUUUUAAAGUGCUUUCUGUUUCGUUAGACUGUUGAGACAA